CACCAGCUCCGCCCACCUGUGCCCAGCAGUGCCACCCACCUGUGCCCAGCAGUGGCCACCAGUGCCACCUACCUGUACCCAGAAGUGCCACCUGCUUGUACCCAGCAGUGCCACCCACCAGUGCCACCCACCAGUGCCCAUCAAUGCAGCCCAGCAUCAGUGCCCAGCAGUGAUGCCAGUCAGUGCCACCUAUCAGUGCUGUCUAUCAGUACCCAUCAUCAGUGCCACCUAUCCGUGACACCUCAUUAGUGCUGCCUAUCAGUGCCACCUCAUUAGUGCUGCUUAUCAGUGCCCUUCAGUGCUGCCUAUCAGUGCCCAUCAGUGCUGCCUCAUCAACGCACAUCAGUGAAGAAGAAAAAUUACCUGUUUGA